GGGAUAGGCACUCACGGGGGCUACCUGCGGGGCUGGUGAUUCGUGCUGCGCAGCUACUCUGUGCAUUGCGGUAGGGCUGGAAGGACCAGAGCCCCAUUCAACCAGCUGCAGCCAUUGCACAUCCCAGCAUCACCCCCAUUCAACAGGCGGACAAGGCUGAGCGCAGCCCCCUCCGCCGCCGCAGCUUUGCAGCCCGCCAGCCCAGCGCCAUGGCCAAGGAAGGCGCGGAGAAAGCGGACGAGACGGAGCAGAUGAUCGAGAAGGAGGGAGGCAAGGAAGCUGCCGAGGGCAGCGGCGGCGGCAGCAGCCUGCGGGCAGGGGACACCAAGGAGAUGCGAGCCGUGCUGCUGUCUGGCUUCGGGGGGCUCAACAAGCUCCGGGUGUCCAAGAAAGUCAUGCCGGAGCCUCAGGAAGGGGAGCUCAAAAUCCGAGUCAAAGCCUGUGGUUUAAACUUCAUUGAUCUGAUGGUGCGGCAGGGGAAUAUCGACAAUCCUCCCAAGACACCACUUGUUCCUGGAUUUGAGUGUUCUGGGAUCAUAGAAGCUCUGGGGGACAGUGUGGCAGGGUUUGAGAUUGGAGACAGAGUAAUGGCUUUUGUAAACUACAACGCAUGGGCUGAAGUAGUAUGUACCCCAGUAGAAUUUGUCUACAAGAUUCCUGAUGACAUGAGUUUUUCUGAAGCUGCUGCCUUUCCUAUGAACUUUGUAACUGCCUACAUGAUGCUCUUUGAAGUGGCCAACCUAAGAGAAGGCAUGUCUGUGCUGGUUCACUCUGCAGGAGGUGGGGUGGGUCAAGCCGUAGCUCAGCUCUGCUCAACGAUCCCUAGUGUUACUGUUUUUGGAACAGCUUCCUCUUUCAAGCAUGAAGCAAUCAAAGAUUCAGUAACUCACCUGUUUGACAGAAAUGCAGACUAUGUCCAAGAAGUAAAGAGAAUCUCAGCAGAAGGAGUAGAUAUCGUUCUGGAUUGUCUGUGUGGAGAAAAUACUGGAAAAGGCCUCAGUCUUCUCAAACCACUUGGGACUUACAUUUUAUAUGGUUCAUCUAAUAUGGUUACUGGGGAAACAAAAAGCUUCUUUAGCUUUGCAAAAUCAUGGUGGCAGGUUGAGAAAGUGAACCCUAUCAAGCUGUACGAAGAGAAUAAAGUCAUUGCUGGAUUUUCUCUGCUAAAUCUACUUUUCAAACAGGGCCGAAGUGGCCUAAUUAAGGGUAUAAUGGACAAACUCAUAACACUGUACAAUGAGAAGAAGAUCAAGCCUCUGGUUGAUUCGUUAUGGGCCCUGGAAGAGGUGAAGGAGGCCAUGCAGCGAAUCCAUGACAGGGGCAAUAUAGGAAAACUUAUUCUGGAUGUGGAGAAGGCACCCACUCCACUGAUGGCCAAUGACAGCACAGAGACAAGUGAAGCAGGAGAAGAGGAGGAGGACCAUGAAGGGGACAAUGAGAAUAAAGAACGCAUGCCAUUUAUCCAGUAACCCUUAAGAAUGGGGGAUGGGGGAAAACAGAAAGAUUGAUUGUGUAGAAGGGAACAAGACUGGGAAAUCUAUUCUGUGCAUCAGUGAACAAAUGCUGUAGUACAGUGUGUGUUGUAUUUGUCUGCAGCCAGCUGAGCUAUAAAUUGUUGAUCAUUGUUGUUUUGAACUCAAGUGCCAUUCCCAUCCAGUGCAGUAUUAUGACAUUCCAUAGUGUGAUGGCCAGUCUGUAAGAGUCCCAUUGAUUUUCUUUUCCUAUCUAAAAGCCUUAUUAACGUACUGCGUAAUUUUAGAUGGG